AUGAAGCUCUCAAAAGCAAAAUCAAUUUUCACGAGACGUUCUCGCCGCGAUGAGAGACAACCAACAGCAACGACUGAUUCCCAGCUGGAUCCGACGACACCCAGGACUCUUGAGGGCAUCUACCAGCCAUUGGAUGCAACAAAGCGAGAAAUCCGCCUGAUGCGCAUGGUACCUGACCUCGAAGGUAUCCAAUGCGAACUGCGAGCGUUUUCGCUCAAUGACAAGCCAGUCUUCACCGCUCUGUCAUACUGCUGGACCAAGGAGCCUCCCACCGAGACGAUUGUGCUGCAAGGGAAGCCCUUCCCUGUAAGGCCGAAUUUGUACAACUACCUCCACGCAAGAGCGCAGGAAGGGGACGCUUCCGAGUGGAUCUUCAUCGACGCCCUUUGCAUCAAUCAAGAGAACGUCGGUGAAAGAAGCGAACAAGUGGCGUUGAUGGGUGAUGUGUAUCGGGGCGCGAAAGAAGUUGUUGCAUGGCUUGGGAACGAGGCUUCUAUGACCGAGGAAGAGCUACUCACAUGGCUGGAAUGGUGCGACCUCUCGGCGGAUGCGAAGCAGAAAAGCCGUAGUCCAGGUGACGUGCGGCUUCUAGGCUCCAAGUUCUUCGAGACUUUCGCCCCUCCGGCAUUCUGGCUCCGGGUUUGGAUUGUGCAGGAGAUUGUCCUGGCUCGGCGCCUGCUGUUUCGAUGCGCGAGCCUAUUCCUUCGAGCAGAGCAGCUGCUUCAAGGCUUGAGAAGACAUCGCCGGGUCAUAUAUGGGUCCGACGAGGCUGAAGAUUUCCUGGAAACCCCGAGAUGUUUGUACGGAGAGGAGGACUCGUGCGGCAUGAUAUUACUCAUCCAGGUGCCCAGUAUUCUGACCAUAAGGGAGAGAGCAAGAACCCACCCUAUGAUGCUCGGCGAGGCUGUGUACCUGUUCGCUUCGCAGGGGUGCAGCGAACAAUACGACUGCGUAUUCGGCCUCUUAGGCAUGUGCUACACUGGGAUACAUCCUGAUUACUCAAAGCCAAAACUGGAAGUAUUUCUCCCCGUCCUCUCGGAAAGCUACAUCGGAAUGGACUCAUUGAGAACUUCCAGUAAACUAUUGACCGAAUGGCGGCUGCAUUCCGGUCACAUACUGUGGUCUGCUGAAGUUCUGCUACAGGCGCUGGAGCUUCACCCAAAGCACCCUCUCGUUGCACUGAUCUUGAUAGAGAGCGUCAAGUGGUCGAACGGAUUCGAUUUUGGAGGCACAUUCUGGUACAGGUCAAUACUGUCCAUUUAUUAUGAACAAAAAGGCCCUUCCAAUGCGCCGAUGCACCGCAUACUCCGUUUGUAUGGCUGGACAUUGUCCCACGCGGUGAUGCUGGGACUCCAGGUCUACAGGCUGCGGAACAGCGUUCUCCACCACCCCGACAAAGCUCCGGAAGCAAGAACUUAUAGUGAAUGGGUGGAGCACAUCCGCGAAGUACAUUGGGCCACGGAAAAUGUAUGCGCGGACAUUUGCAAGACGUUAGCAGAGGAAGAGGACAACCUGGUUGAACAAAUUGGAAGGGAAGGACGGGUGGGGACGAUUGGCCCUUGA